CUCGUUUUUCGCAGAUUUAUGGCAGUGACAAUGAAAAGAUCCAUCGCAGAAGUAUCAAUAUCCAUACCGGAUACUGGGACGAUACUUCCCCAGAUUCCAACUCACCGGCUUUACAAAAGGAUUCGCCGAAAUGCCUGUAAUCCGAAUGGAACACUUACGUCCAUCCUGUCCUACGUGAACUUGCUAGAAGAAGCGUCGAGCAAUGAGGCGCUGCAGAUCUUGCUUAAAAUUACCGACUCGAUGCACUUCGACGAAAAUGAGUUUCCGGAAGCGAUCACCAAACUCGCCGAACACUUUCAGCGCGAACCGGAAUCGGCCGUUCGGGUGAAGAUUCUUUCGCUGUUCGCUGACCUGGCAACCGAAACCGGCAUGGAUGGUCAGCAGCUGAUCGACGAGGUGAUCAAGCUGCUGAAGACGGAAAAAUCGGCCAAGGUGAUUUCGCAGGGUUUGAACGUGCUGGAGAAAAUCGGAAAAUCGUUCACUCCUUCGGUGUCGUACAUCAACAAGAUGGUUUUCUUCGCCAAGGUGAAACUGUUCUCUGCCAGCCACAAUGUCCAGCGACACGCGAUCCUCUUGCUCGGGGUGUUUGUCCUCGUUUCCGACGCGGAAAAGGAAAGCCUGGAACUGAUCGGAAAGUAUACCGAUUCUCCGGAUGCUCGGGUUCGCGCACAGGCGUUCCGUUCGAUGCUUACCCUCGGGCUGCGGGGUGUACACUUGCCGCCAUCUCUCUAUCCACGAGCGUGCGUUUCACUCACGGACGAUUACGAGUGCGUUCGAAAGGAAGCAUUAAAUAUGGUGUACGAGCUUGGAGUACGACAUCCAGAGGAAAUGAUCAAAGUACAAGACUCUGAACAAGAGGUCCGGCUGAUCGAUGACGCAUUCGGAAAGGUUUGCUCCGCAAUCUGUGACCUCUCGAUGAACAUUCGCACCCAAGCGGCGGAACUGCUCGGUGGCAUGACGAUGGUAAGCGACGAGUUUCUCCACCAGACGCUGGACAAAAAGCUCAUGAGCAACAUGCGCAAGAAGCGGAGUCUACACGAACGCAGUGCGGCUCACUUUGCGAGCGGCGAAUGGUCGAGCGGAAAAAAGUGGGCCGAUGAUGCCCCGAAGGAAGUCGUCAGUGCCGACUCGGUGUCGCUCAUGGCGUCGGGUGCUUGCGGAGCGUUGGUGCAAGGUUUGGAGGACGAGUUUCUUGAGGUACGCACGGCUUCCGUUAACUCGAUGUGUAAGCUCGCGCUGAGGAAUCCUCUGUUUGCGGUAACGUCACUCGAUUUUCUCGUCGAUAUGUUUAACGACGAAAUCGAGGAAGUGCGCCUUCGAGCGAUCUACAGCUUGACCGCCAUUUCGAGGCAUAUUAUUCUGCGCGAAGAUCAGCUUGAGACGAUGCUCAGCUCACUGGAGGACUACUCGGUGGAGGUCCGAGAGGGACUCCAUCUGAUGCUCGGCGCUUGCAAAGUGUCUACGAAGGCCUGUCUGACGCUCGUCGUUCAGAAGGUACUCGAUGUCCUACUGAAGUACCCGGAAGAUCGCCUUUCGACGUUUGGAUGCAUGCAGCGCGUUGGUCAGAAACACCCGGAGCUUUGUAUGUCAAUCACACCGCAACAACUGCAGGAUCAUCCAUUCUUCGACAGUGCCGAACGUGAUGUGGAAGAUCCGGCGUACGUGUGUGUGCUGAUCAUGCUGUUCAAUGCCGCCCAACACCUUCCCGCGAUGCUGAGUCUCUUCCCAGAAACAACAAUCAAACAUUACGCAUAUCUGCGUGAUACGAUGCCAAACUUUGUCCCUCGGCUCGAUAUGGGAGGGGACGCGAAAGAACUCAACUUGACCGGCUCAACCGGAUCGAGGCAGUUCCUCGAGACGCUGUUGAGUAACAUACAGCGGGCGUAUUCUGCACCUCAGGCACGACAGGCCCUUCUAAAAGCGGCCCAGGACGAUCUCGAUCGACUCGCCGAGAUCGAUCCCGCAUUCUCUGGAACUGCUAACUUUACUUCGGUCUUUUUCGGAGCACAGUUGCAGAUGGAACAACUUCAAUUGGCCGCCACAGGGCUUUCGAUAAAAGCCCCCAUCAAGGAGUGUCUUUUGCAGCUGAUCAAAAAGUGUCUCAUGCUGCAAAACCUGUUCUCCAACCUGACCAACGACGAUCAGCUGCUCGUGAAACAGAUGUGCCUGCGAGCCAGUGCCCUCAAUUUGGUGCUGAUCGUGAAGGAUCGCUCGCAGAGCGCCCUUGGACCGUGCCAGUUGCUCCUCCACAUUGCGAGCGAUACGAGUAGCUUUCUGCAGGAGAACACGAAACUCAUUGCGGACACAUUUACUACCGCCAUUCUGAUCAAGCUGGCCACCGUUGGCGAUCCGAAGCCGGGUCGUGUGUACCGGGAAAUCCUUCCCAUCGUUCAAACGGCCGCACCUGUUGUUAUUCCGCAGAUUAAUACUAAUAUCAAAAUGUGCAAGGCACGCAUUAUUGAACCGACAGAAUCGUCCUACAGCGCCGAUAACGUGAUCAAGGUAACGGCAGGGCUGAUUGCGGCCGUACCCUUCGUGGCGGAGUUGGAGAACCUUCAGCAAAGCCAGCGGCAAGAUCUGCGCCUCAAAAUCAAGUAUCCGGAUCAGAACGUGCACAUCAUCGUGCCGCGUAAGCGUGACCUCAAGAAGGUUAUGACGGAGGAGGGUGAAAGUGAAUCGCAGUGGCGUCUCCGGACGAAGGUUUUGCUUUCGCACGGCGUAUGGACGGAAGCCUCGACCGUCGAGAUAACGAUCUGCCUCGCGGUGAAACCAAACAACGAGCUGGAGCUUUGUAAACCGGUGAAGGUGCACUUUGCUCCCAAGCCGGUCAAGAGGGGAUUGUAAGUGUGUAACGUUAAAACAUUGUACCUAAAAUAAAACUUCUUCUAAAUAUUGUAGAUCUUU